CCCAUCGCCCCAUACCCCCCCAUUCAUAGAGCUCCUUAUAUGCGGAGGUUCGCAUCUUGGAAGCCCACAAAGCAUUAGAAUCACAUUUACAUAGACCAUGGCUCUCGGUGGCCGGCAACGGACACAUGGCUCGCUACAAUCGCUCUCAUCCUCCCCCAUCCUCUCAUUCCUGCUCCUCCCCUUCCUGCUCUUCCUCCUGAGCUUCCCCGCCCCAGCCGCCGCUGCGGGCUCCGCAGUCCUCGGCAUCGAUGUCGGCACCGAAUACCUGAAAGCCACCCUCGUCAAACCGGGCAUCCCGCUGGAGAUCGUUCUCACCAAGGAUUCCAAGCGCAAGGAGUCCGCCGCCGUUGCCUUCAAGCCCACCCGCGAAGCCGAUGCCCUGUUCCCCGAGAGAUUCUACGGUGGCGACGCCCUGGCCCUGCAAGCUCGGUACCCCGACGAUGUGUAUGCCAACCUCAAGACCCUCCUCGGAGUUCCGUUCGACGCCGACGAUGAGCUGGUCAGCGCGUACCACAACCGCUACCCUGCCUUGCGACUGGAGAAAGCCCCCGGCGAUCGCGGCACGGUUGGACUGCGCAGCAACAGACUGGGAGAGGCGGAGAAGAAGGACGCUUUCCUGGUCGAAGAAAUCCUGGCCAUGCAGUUGAAGCAGAUCAAGGCGAACGCGGACAACUUGGCUGGAAAGGGUUCCGACAUCACGGAUGCGGUCAUCACCUACCCGUCGUUCUACUCGGCCGCGGAGAAGAAGAGCCUCCAGCUGGCGGCGGAGUUGGCGGGUUUCAACGUCGAUGCCUUCAUCAGCGACAACCUGGCUGUCGGAUUGAACUACGCCACCAGCCGGACCUUCCCUAGCGUGUCGGACGGACAGAAGCCCGAGUAUCACAUCGUGUACGACAUGGGCGCUGGUUCCACGACGGCCAGUGUCAUCCGCUUCCAGAGCCGCUCGGUGAAGGACGUUGGACGAUUCAACAAGACUGUCCAGGAGGUCCAGGUUCUGGGAGCCGGCUGGGAUAAGACCCUCGGUGGAGAUUCCUUGAACGAUCUGAUCGUCCAGGACAUGGUCGCUGCCCUCGCCGAAGAGAAGAAGCUCAAGGAUCGCGUCACCCUGGCUGAUAUCCAGGGCAACGGGAAGACCAUGGCCAGGCUCUCCAAGGAUGCUGAAAAGCUCCGCCAAGUCCUCAGUGCCAACACCGAAAGCGGCGCCUCGUUCGAGAGCCUCUACGAGGAAGACCUCACCUUCAAGUACCUUCUCACCCGGACCAAGUUCGAAGAGCUUGCCGAGCAGCACAUCGCCCGCGUUGGAAAGCCGCUGGAGCAGGCUUUGGAGGCCGCUGGACUGGAACUGAGCGACAUCGACUCCGUCAUUCUCCACGGUGGUGCCAUCCGUACCCCGUUCGUGCAGAAGGAAUUGGAGCGGGUCUGCGGAUCCGCCAACAAGAUCCGGACGAGCGUGAACGCGGAUGAGUCUGCUGUGUUCGGUGCUGCUUUCAAGGGCGCCGCUCUCAGUCCCAGCUUCCGUGUCAAGGACAUCCGCGCAAGCGAUGUUUCUGGCUACCCGGUUCUGUUGAAGUGGACCUCCGAGUCCAAGGAAAGACAGCAGAAGCUCUUCCCGGCCACCUCCCAGGUUGGACCCGAGAAGCAAGUGACUGUCAAGAACCUGGAUGACUUCGAGUUCAGCUUCUUCCACCAGAUCCCCGUGAACGGCGACGUCGUCGAAGCGCCCAUCCUGGGCGUGAAGACGCAGAACCUCACUGCUUCUGUCGCCAAGCUCAAGGACGAGUUCGGCUGCUCGGCGGCCAACAUCACCACCAAGUUCUCCAUCCGCUUGAGUCCCGUCGACGGACUCCCGGAAGUUGCCAGCGGUUCCGUCAGCUGUGAAGUCGAGGCUGCCAAGAAGGGCAUCGUCGACGACGUCAAGGGCUUCUUCGGCCUGGGCAAGAAGGACGAGCAGGCACCUCUCGGAGAGGACGGAGAGCCCACCGAGUCGAUCACCCUCGAGCCCGAGGAGCCUCACGCGUCGACUGCUUCCUCCGCCGACGACGCCACCUCCACCACCACCGCCAAGGAGAGCAAGAAGGCCACCCCCCAGACCAAGGUGGAGUCCGUUUCCAUCAGCUUCACCUCCUCCCCUCUGGGUCUCCCGGCCCCCACGGCCGAGGAGCUCGCGCGCAUCCAAGCUCGCCUGGCCGCCUUCGACGCCUCCGACCGGGACCGUAUCCUCCGUGAAGAGGCCCUGAACGAGCUGGAGUCCUUCAUCUACCGCAGCCGCGACCUGGUGGACGACGAGGAAUUCGCCAAGGUGGUCAAGCCCGAGCAGCUGACCUUGCUGCAGGAGAGAGCCUCCGCCGCCAGCGACUGGCUGUACGGCGACGGCGACGACGCGAAGACCGCCGACUUCCGCGAGAAGCUCAAGUCCCUCAAGGAGAUCGUCAACCCGGCCCUCAAGCGAAAGAAGGAGAACGCUGAGCGUCCCGCCCGCGUCGAGAUCCUGCAGCGCGUCCUGCAGAACGCCGACUCGGUCAUCGACCUCAUGAAGCAGCAGAUCCAGCAAGACGAGGACCUCCACUCCUCCAGCCUCGCCUCUUCCUCUUCUUCCACCUCCACAGAAUCCUCCACCACCACCACCUCUACCACCACCUCAUCAUCCACCACCACAACCUCCCCCAUCGACCUCGACGAAGACCCCUACGACACCACCUCCUCAUCCACCACCACUUCCACCGCAACCAGCACCCCCAAACCCAGCGGCCCCAAAUACACCGUCUUCCAACCCUACGACCUGACCAGCCUCUCCAAGACGUACGAAUCUACCAACACGUGGUUCGAAGCGCAGCUCGCCAUCCAAGAGACUCUCACUGAGACGGAUGACCCGGCCCUCACCGUCGCCGAGAUUGAUUCCCGUCUGAAGGAGCUGGAGCGCAUCCUGAACCGGAUUUACGAGAAGAUGGGCGCGGCGUCGGCGAAGAAGGAGAGUGGAAGUGGCAGUGGGGGGAAGAAGGGGAACGGGAAGAAGAAUAAGGAUAAGGAGGGGAAGAAGGAGAAGGAGGAGGCGAAGAAAGAAAAGGAGGAUGCCAAGGAGAAGGAGAAGGAUGAUAACCGCAAGGAUGAGCUGUAGUUGUGACUGUGACUGCCUGUAAUUUCUUGAGUAACUACCU